AUGAAAAGAGGAUGGGGUGAAUUUAGUCCCAUUGUAUAUGCACGUACUGGAUCUGUUCUGGAAACAACAUUUGUUGGUGAAGAAGAAGGUGCCCAGGUGCGAUUAGUUGCAGGUGUUAUGGUGAUUGUUGUUGUAUUAUCAGUGGUUGCCAUCAUUGCUACAGUUCUGUUUUUACGCUCACGUGCUGACGAUGAAUGUGACAAGAAACAACCAAGUGAUUGCAAUGCUUUGAAUUACCGCAAUGGUGAAGUAUAUACAGGCCCAGAAAGACCAACAAAGACAAGCAGUAAUGCCACUACACCUUUGUUUGCUGGAACAGGAUCCAGAACUUAUAUUGAUCCUCACACAUAUGAAGAUCCCAAUCAAGCUGUCAGAGAAUUUGCCAGGGAAAUUGAUGCAUCUUGCAUUACAAUUGAGGCAAUUAUUGGUGGGGAUUUCGGUUUGUCACGUGAAAUAGAAUCUACUGCUGAUGGAGCAUAUACCACUCGUGGUGGUAAGAUACCAGUACGAUGGACUGCUCCAGAAGCUAUUGCUUUCAGGAAAUUCACUUCUGCUAGUGAUGUCUGGUCCAUGGGAGUAUCAUUAGCUGUGGAUAGACUGUCCUCGAUAACAGCAUGUCGCUCGGUGGAAAUGUCCGAAAAUGGUAAAUUGAUGGGAGCAGAUGUAGCCGGAAUGUCUUCAUUAACUAGACGGCAGCUGUUGUCCCUGGUGGAGCAUAAUCUAAUAGUUCAGCUUUCAGGCGCUGUCGUGGAAAUAUCA